UUCAAAGAAAAUUCACCAUAUAAUAAUAUUCCCAUUCUCUUCAUCUUCAUUUCUCUUCUUGCAUCAACAUCCAAAGGCAAAAAUUACUUAGAAUUAUAUUUCACUUGCUAAGCUAGCUAGGGAUCAAUUGUUUGCCAAUUUAUGGGGUUGAGUACUAAGUUGGUUUCAAUUGAUGAUGAUGGUCUAGAUAAUUGGACCUCCAGCAGCCAGCAUACUCUACCGGAACCACCGUCUAUAAGGCGGCAACCGCCACCGAGACCGGAGUCGUUGAAAUGUCCAAGGUGUGACUCAAUCAGCACUAAAUUUUGUUACUACAACAAUUACAACAAGUUACAGCCUCGCCAUUACUGUAAAGGUUGUAAAAGGCAUUGGACCGAAGGUGGCACCCUUCGCAACGUUCCGGUAGGUGGUGGGCGAAAAAAUAAAAGAUUAAGGCCUACUGAUCUCGUUGAUCAUAUAACUGAAAGGAAAUAUGUCAGAUUAGAAAUAAAUGAUCAGAGGUGUCCACUAAUCACCACGACAACCAUGAACACAAGUUACAUGCCAAGUGUCACAAUAAGGGGAAAUAGUACUAUGAAUGAAGAUAUCAAAAAUCUUCCUUCAUCAUCAUAUGACAUAUUUUCAAGUGUAAAGUUGUCAUCAAUUCCUCAAGAUCACGGGAAUACACAUUUUUCAAUUCCUCAAGAUCAUGGGAAUACACAUUUUUCACUAAUUCCCAAUUCUAGUGCUAAUACUCAAUUAUCUUCAAAUGUUUAUUAUAAUGAAUAUAUGGGGAAUUUUGAUAGUACAAUAUUGGAGGAGUCAACAAUAACAACAGUCAUGCCAAUUACAAGCAGCAAUGAUCUCCUUUCUCAUGAGCCAUGGAAAGUUCCAGAAACGAGCAAUUAUGAUCUUAUUAUAAAUGAAAAUAUGUCAAGUAAUUAUUGGAAUUGGAACGAUCAAUUCGACACGUUGAGUACUGCAGCUGAUCUCAAUAUACCAUGGGAUGAUUUAGAGAUCAAACCAUAAGAGGAGGAUCAAGAGAAAUGUUAGUUUGUAUAUUGAUUAAUUAGUUAAAGAAUUUGUUUUGAUGUGAAUUUCAUUUCAUGCUGGGAUAAUGUUCAAGUCUUGUUAAUUAAUUAGUAUUAAUGUUACCAUUAACCUUUUUUUCCCUCAAAAAAAUGUAUACCGUACCCCUUUUUAUAAUCAGCUUUCAUGCUAUAAUGUUGUGUUUCCGUUAUUUCUCUUUUAGAAAACAAGUACACGAAGGUUGUGUAGCAC